AGCGAAGUCUCAGUAUUGCGCAUGCGCAUUUGUUGACAUACCGGCGACGGCAGUUCGACGGUGGCCUAGCGAAUACAGGGGAUUACGAGCCCAAUCUGACAGGGUGCACCAUGAGUCAGGGUAAGGACAAUGCAAGACUCAAAAGCUACAAGAACAAGUCUCUCAACACAGAUGAGAUGAGGAGGAGGAGGGAAGAGGAAGGUCUGCAGCUCCGCAAACAGAAGAAGGAUGAACAACUUUUUAAAAGGAGAAACGUUGCCACUGUGGAGGACGAUGGAGCCCUGGAGGAUGAUGGGAUGGCCGACAGCGGCUACCUGGAAUCACAGGCGAACAACCUGGACCCACUCAUGGGUGGGGUCAUCUCUGAAGACAUGAUUCAGAUGAUCUUCUCCAGUUCUCCAGAGCAGCAGCUAAUAGGCACUCAGCGCUUUAGGAAACUCCUUUCUAAAGAACCAAACCCACCCAUUGAUGAAGUUAUUGCUACUCCAGGGGUUGUGGAGCGAUUUGUUGAAUUUCUGAAGAGGAGAGAAAACUGCACACUGCAGUUCGAGGCUGCAUGGGUCUUGACCAACAUUGCGUCAGGUACAUCCCAUCAAACGCGCGUUGUAAUCCAGGCAGGGGCCGUGCCCAUAUUCAUAGAGAUGCUCGCCUCGGACUUUGAGGACGUACAGGAACAGGCAGUGUGGGCCUUGGGAAACAUAGCAGGUGACAGCACAGAAUGCAGAGACUUUGUCAUAGACUGUAACAUCCUUCCCUCCCUGCUGCAAUUAUUGGCCAAACAAAAUCGUCUAACAAUGAUGAGGAACGCAGUGUGGGCGCUAUCCAACCUGUGCAGAGGAAAGAACCCACCUCCAGACUUUGCUAAGGUGUCCCCGUGUCUCAGCGUGCUUUCCUGGCUGCUGUUUGUUAACGACACAGACAUACUUGCUGAUGCAUGCUGGGCGCUCUCUUACCUUUCUGAUGGCCCCAAUGACAAGAUCCAGGCUGUUAUCGACUCAGGAGUCUGUCGAAGGCUAGUCGAACUGCUGAUGCACUCUGAUUACAAGGUGGUGUCUCCUGCACUGAGAGCCGUUGGAAACAUAGUCACUGGAGAUGAUCUGCAGACACAAGUGAUUCUGAACUGUUCGGCACUGCAGUCUUUACUUCACCUGCUGAGCAGCCCCAAGGAGUCUAUUAAGAAGGAAGCUUGUUGGACGAUCUCCAACAUCACUGCAGGGAAUCGAGCACAAAUACAGAUGGUGAUAGAUGCGGGUCUGAUGCCUCCUCUCAUCAGUAUUCUGCAAGUAGCUGAGUUUCGCACAAGGAAGGAGGCAGCGUGGGCUAUUACCAACGCCACCUCCGGCGGCUCUGCAGAGCAAAUAAGGCAUCUAGUGGAACUCGGUUGUAUAAAACCUCUGUGUGACCUUCUCACACUGAUGGAUUCCAAAAUAGUCCAAGUGGCUCUAAAUGGUCUAGAAAACAUCCUGCGACUGGGAGAGCUGGAGGCCAAGAGAGGAGGAGGCAUUAACCCCUACUGUGCUCUCAUUGAAGAGGCCUAUGGCCUGGACAAACUGGAGUUCCUGCAGGGUCACGAGAACCAGGAAAUCUACCAGAAAGCCUUCGACCUGAUCGAGCGCUACUUCAACACCGAAGACGAGGACCCUUCGCUGGCUCCGGCCGUCGACCUGCAGCAGCAGCAGUUCCUCUUCCAGCAGUGCGAGGCUCCGAUGGAAGGCUUCCAGCUAUAAUGCUAAAAAAUCCCCCAACCCCCGAGCUCCAGCUUCAUCUUCAUCUACGCUCACGUCUCAGUCGCUGCCCACAGUCAAGACCCAGAGUGACAAACAGCCCUGCUCCUCCCCUUUCCCAGAGAGAUGGAUUCAAUCGUCAUCUUGAUCAUUAUAAUACUACGUAACAGUAAAGAAGCACAUAUUUGUGCAUAGAUCCAACAUGGGUCAAGUCUUGUCAGCCAGUUCAUCCAGGUUCACUUUAUUUUUCUGUUUUGUGCCGACUUCCUGGCCAGAGCUCCAGCAUCUCCUGUCAGACCAUUCCCAUACUCCUCAUGGGAAAGAAGAACGUCCUUCUCCUUGUUGCCAUAGGAUUGGCAAGCACUCUCUCAGCCAAUGGGAGAAUUUGGACUGCCCUGCUUGUCUGAAGCAUUAAUGACUUGGAAGAUGGACAAAUACUGACCCGGUUCCCCUUAAUUUGUCCUCCUACACAGAGAAAAAUCCAACCUAAACACUGGACUGACCCCAAGACAUCGACCUCAUGUUUGAGUGCAUCACUUGGACUGACUAAGAAAGUCACUUAACUUGAAAAAAAAACAAAAACAAAAAAAACGGAGGGUGAAUUUCCUCAACUUUUCUCAGAAUCCACACAUAGACUAAUUAGAAACUUGACUGUGUCGCUACGCGGUGGAUUGCUCGCAUUCCCACCCUGAUCUCAUAUCA